CUCCUCUGUACCUUCACUUUGCAUGCCGGGAGCUGUCAGCCGGGUACCGAGAGGCACCACUUUGUACAGGUGAUGGUCUGUGGUUAGCGUAGAGCUGGUCUCUAGCGGGACGUGGUGGGAGAAUGAACACAGAGGAACUGGAGCUAUUGAGUGACUCCAAAUAUAGGAACUAUGUGGCAGCUGUUGAUAAGGCGUUGAAGAACUUUGAGUAUUCCAGUGAAUGGGCUGAUUUAAUAUCUGCACUGGGGAAACUGAACAAGGUAUUACAAAACAAUGCAAAGUAUCAAGUUGUUCCUAAAAAGUUAACGAUCGGUAAAAGGUUGGCACAAUGCCUCCACCCGGCAUUACCAGGGGGAGUUCACAGGAAAGCACUGGAAACGUACGAAAUCAUCUUCAAAAUCAUUGGACCAAAGCGCUUGGCCAAAGACCUCUUUCUGUACAGCUCUGGCCUUUUUCCUCUUCUUACCAAUGCUGCAAUGUCUGUCAAACCAGCAUUACUUAGUCUGUAUGAGACAUACUACCUACCUCUAGGUAAGACUUUAAAGCCAGGCCUGCAAGGACUACUGACCGGCAUUCUCCCUGGCUUGGAGGAGGGUUCCGAAUAUUAUGACAGAACUAACACUCUCUUGGAGAAGGUGGCUUCAGCAGUAGACCAGUCUGCCUUCUACAGUGCCCUCUGGGGAAGCCUCCUCACCAGCCCGGCUGUGAGAUUACCUGGGAUCACGUAUGUGCUCGCACAUCUAAACAGGAAGCUUUCGAUGGAGGACCAGCUGUAUAUCAUUGGGAGUGACAUUGAAUUAAUGGUGGAAGCUGUGAGCACAUCGGUGCAGGAUUCCAGCGUGCUGGUCCAGAGGAGCACGCUAGACCUUAUCCUGUUCUGUUUCCCAUUUCACAUGAGUCAGGCGACUCGUCCCGACAUGGUCCGCAUCCUGUCGGCAGCGCUCCGUGUGGUACUGCGCAGAGACAUGUCGUUGAAUCGUAGGCUUUAUGCUUGGCUUCUCGGCUUUGAUAACAAUGGGGCUGUUGUAGGACCAAGGAGCACAAGACAAAGCAAUCCUGACGAACACGCGACUUAUUACUUUAAUACAUUCUCUAAAGAGCUUUUAGUGCAGGCUAUGGUCGGAAUUUUACAAGGGAAGGAACCCAACAGAGACGGUGCCCUGAUACAAGAUUUAAAGCCAUUUCGUAUUCUUAUAAGUCUGCUAGACAAGCCUGAACUAGGCCCUGCCAUUUUGGAAGAUGUAUUGAUUGAAGUGUUCAGAACAUUAUAUACUCAGUGCAAAGCAGAACUUGAUCUUCAGACGCAAACCCCGUUCAGCAAGGAUCCUGCGCAGCUGAGCAGCAAACUGAGAGAAAACAAAAGGACAGCAGAGCUCAUUAAAACGGCCAACCUCUUGUUUAAUUCAUUUGAGCCCUACUAUAUGUGGGACUACAUUGCCCGCUGGUUUGAAGAAUGCUGUAGGAGGACACUAAAUGCCAAGCUCCGUUCUCCCGCAUGUGAUGGCAGUAAGACGCCAGAGUUACCCCUUAUCAAUUUCUGCUUGUUAGUGGAUUUCUUAUUGGACAUUGUGUCUCUGCCUACUAGAAGUAUGAGAGUGAUUUGUCAGGAGACGUAUAUUGAAAUACAGACAGAGCAUCUGCCUCAGUUGCUUCUCCGGAUGAUCUCGGCAUUAACAAGCCAUCUUCAGUCUUUGGACCUGAAGGAACUGGCUGAUUCUCUGAGGCUUUGUUCAAAGAUCCUAAGCAAGGUUCAGCCUCCACUUCUGUCUGCUGCCUCUGACAAUACUGUCCAGUUUCCAUGUUCUCAGAAUAGCUUUGGUAAAGAAAAGGAUGAGAGGAAGCUUUCCCCAGUUACUCUCGAAACACCUGGUGAUGUUUUUGAAGAUGGAGAGAAUCCACCCAGCAGUCGAUCUUCGGAGAGUGGGUUCACAGAGUUUGUGCAGUAUCAGGCAGACCGAUCGGACGACAUAGACGAGGCUCAGGGUGCAGCUGGUCUGCCUUUGGGUAGCACUUCAUCCGAAACCGAGACGGCAUCUACUGUGGGGUCCGAAGAAACUAUUAUUCAGCCUUCCUCCAUAAACGCUCAAGGAGCAGCCACUCGGAGCAUUAAAGGAACACAAAAAACAACAAUGCAGUGCUGCCUGGAGUAUUUCCAGCAGUUCUUGACAAGACUUAUCACUCUGUAUAUUGUUCCCAGAAUCUCUAUGUCCCAAACCUUUUCAGAUGAACACCCGGAAGACCUUGGCGGAUGUCAAACAGACGGCAAAAAGUGGGAAACGUCUUCAGCAGAUAACCCUAAGGAGAAGAAAGACCGUAAGCUCUCUGUACCAAAAGACUACCGGCCUGCCUUUAUUGCUGCAUGUCAGCUAUUCCUUGAAUGUUCCAGCUUCCCUGUUUACAUUGCUGAGGGCGGCCAACCAUCAGAAAUUCACAACAACAAGGCUGAUACAGAUUGUGAACAGGUGCAGCCACCCGUGUGGCUUCAGACUCUCAUGAAUGCCUGCGGUGCGGCAGCAGACUUCAGCAUUCAGAACGUGGCCAUAUCUCUGGUUAUGGACUUAGUGGGCCUGACUCAGUCUGUUGCUUUGGUCGCUGGGGAAAACGCUAGCAGUUUGGAGUCUUCUCAGCCUUUAAGCCCAAACCAAGGGAGAGUGUCUGUCGUCAUCAGGCCUCCACUUACCGAAGGAAACUUGAAAUACAUGGCAGAAAAAACUGAUUUCUUCAAGCACGUGGCUGUGACGUUGUGGGAGCAGUUGGGAGACCAGACACCACAACACCAUCAGAAGAGCGUCGAGCUUUUCUACCAGCUGCACAACCUGGUUCCUUCCUCCAGCAUAUGUGAAGAUGUAAUCAGCCAACAGCUUACACACAAGGACAAGAAAAUAAGGAUGGAGGCUCAUGGGAGAUUCGCGGUGCUUUGGCACUUAACCAGGGACCUGCACAUUAACAAGUCUUCAUCCUAUGGACGUACUUUUGACAGGUCGUUGUUUAUCAUGCUGGACAGUCUCAAUAGUUUAGAUGGUGGCACAUCAUCUGUGGGCCAAGCCUGGUUAAAUCAGGUCCUUCAGAGACAUGAUAUUGCAAGAGUUCUUGAGCCUCUAAUUCUACUGCUCCUCCACCCCAAAACUCAGCGAGUAUCUGUGCAGCGUGUGCAAGCUGAGAGACACUGGAGCAAAUCUCUACACCAUUCUGAGGACAGAAAGGUCUUUCACAGGACAGGUAGUGAUGCAUUUUCCAGCAUACAAGCAAGCAAUGGGCAGACAGCAUCUAAGCAUGCUGCCAUGGAUGAGAUGGAGAGCUUCAGUCUCACCGUAAACCCUCUAAGUGACCAGCUCUCCCUUCUGAGCACCAGCAGUGAAACCAUUCCAAUGGUAGUGGCAGACAUUGAGCUUCCAGAUCAACAAGUAGAAAUUCUGCAAAGCUCCGACUCGGGCUGUUCCCAAUCUUCAGCAGACAGCCUCAACUAUGAAAUGGAUGCAGAAAGUUUAACAGCUCAAGACAACUGCCAGAACGCAAGAGACGAUUCUCCAGAUGAAAUUGUUCAGCAAGUAAUUUCUGAGUUGAUAUGCAAAGUUCUUCGAGAACUUGGUGAAGAUUCCGAGUCCAAUUACUCACAGCAGGAAGAUGAAGCAAAUAAGAUACAUAUGUUCAACCCCCAAGAUAAUGAUGAUGAUGAAGUUGAUCCAAUAAAUGAGAAUGGUCUUUUAGUUAAAGAUACGACACAUGUUUUGCCCGUCUCUGCAGAAGUCGGUAUUGAGAGCCUAGCAAAUGCAAUUUCCAGGAACCUCUCCUCUCCUUCGAUAAUAAGCCAGCAAAACACUGCAGAGUUUAGCUUGCCCUUAGCAGACACACAACACCGAAAGAGGAGUCACAGCAGUAUUCAGUUCAAUUUUAAAGGGAGAGUGACUGAAAAGGACUCUUUCACCAAAGAUGGAAGCAAACAACCAGGUGCAAAACCCAAAGUAAAACUUUCCAGGAGGAAAGAUGAAGAGAAGAAGAAGACACAGAAUGAAAAACUAAAGCAGGCCAAUGUGUUUUUCAGUGACGGCUUAGAUUUGGAGAACUGGUACAGCUGUGGAGAAGGGGAGAUUUCGGAGAUUGAAAGUGAUGUCGGCUCUCCCAGUGUUCAGAAAUCUCCACAUUUCAACAUCCAUCCGUUGUACCAGCAUGUGCUUCUGUAUUUACAGCUUUAUGACUCCUCAAGGACUCUGUAUGCCUUUUCUGCAAUUAAAGCCAUAUUAAAAACCAGCCCGACGGUGUUUGUAAAUGCGAUCUCAACCACCAGUGUCAGUAAUGCCUACACUCCCCAGCUAUCUUUACUUCAGAACCUUUUGGCACGACAUCGGAUCUCGGUCAUGGGAAAAGAUUUCUAUAGCAAUAUACCGCUGGACUCCAACCACAAUUUCCGAAGUUCUAUGUAUAUUGAAAUACUCAUAUCUUUGUGUUUGUAUUUUAUGAGAAGUCACUAUCCCACUCAUGUUAAGGUGACUCAGCAGGAUCUGAUGGGCAAUCGCAACAUGCAGAUGACAAGCAUUGAAAUCCUUACGUUUCUUUUUACAGAGCUGGCAAAAGUCAUAGAAAGUUCUGCCAAGGGCUUUGCCAGCUUCAUCUCUGAUAUGUUGUCAAAGUGUAAAGUUCAAAAAGUGAUUCUUCAUUGCCUGCUCUCAUCCAUCUUCAGUGCACAGAAGUGGCACAGUGAACGCAUGGCCGAGAAGAACAUUAUGGCCAUAGAAGAAGGUUUUUCAGAGGACAGCCUCAUUAACUUUUCCGAGGACGAGUUUGAUAAUGGUAGCACCUUGCAGUCCCACCUCUUAAAAGUUCUUCAGAGUCUGAUUGUCCUGGAGCACCGCGUGUUGACUGUUCCUGAAGACACCGAAUCUGGCUUUGAUUUUGCCAUUACCGACCUCGAGCACAUAAACCCACAGCAGCCAAUGACAUCUCUCCAAUAUCUACACUCUCAACCAAUCACAUGCCAAGGAAUGUUCCUGUGCGCAGUGAUUAGAGCCUUGCACCAACAUUACACUUGCAAAAUGCAUCCUCAGUGGAUUGGUCUUAUCACAUCCACGCUGCCGUACAUGGGGAGAAUCCUGCAGAAAGUAGCCGUUUCGGUGACGCUGCAACUCUGCAGAAAUCUGGACAAUUUAAUUCAGCAAUACAAAUAUGAAACUGGAUUAUCAGAGAACAGGCCUCUGUGGAUGGCAUCAUUUAUUCCGCCUGAUAUGAUUCUUACUCUGUUAGAAGGCAUUACAACAAUAAUUCACUACUGUCUGCUGGAUACAUCAUCUCAAUAUCACCAGCCUAUGGUCAACAUAGAUCAAAAGCACUUGCUGGAAGCCCGCAGUGGUAUUCUGUCUAUCUUACAUCUGAUAAUGUCUUCUGUCACCCUGCUAUGGAGCGUCCUUCAUCAAGCAGACUCUUCCGAGAAGAACAUCGCUGCUGCUGCCGCCUCCAUCACCAUUAUAAACCUUGGCUCAACAAAGAAUUUAAGACAGCAGAUCCUGGAGCUGUUGGGCCCGAUUUCAAUGAAUCACGGAGUUCAUUUCAUGGCAGCUAUUGCAUUUGUAUGGAAUGAAAGAAGAAAUAAGAAAAACUCUGGUCGCACAAAGGUUAUCCCAGCAGCCAGCGAAGAGCAGCUUUUGCUGGUUGAACUCGUGCGCUCCAUUAGUGUCAUGAGGACAGAAACCGUCAUACAAACAGUGAAGGAGGUAUUAAAGCAGCCGCCGGCCAUAGCCAAGGACAAGAAGCACCUUUCGCUGGAAGUAUGUAUGUUACAGUUCUUUUAUGCCUAUGUACAAAGGGUUCCAGUCUCCAAUCUUGUAGACAGCUGGGGAUCACUUCUUGUUCUUCUCAAAGAUUCAAACCAGCUCAGCCUCCCCGCUCCAGGACAAUUCCUAAUAUUAGGUGUUCUCAACGAGUUCAUCAUGAAAAACCCCAACUUGGAGAACAAGAAGGAUCAGCGAGAUCUCCAGGAUGUCACUCACAAGAUAGUGGAUGCCAUCGGUGUAAUAGCAGGUUCCUCCUUGGAGCAGACUACAUGGUUACGGAGAAAUCUAGAAGUUAAGCCUUCCCCCAAAAUAACAGUAGAUGGAACUAUCUUAGAGUCUGAUGUCGAAGACAUCAUGCUGGCUCCAGCCAUGGAAAUCUCACACAUUACACCUUCGGUUUACAGUGUACAUGCCCUGACACUGCUUGCUGAGGUUCUUGCCCAUUUGCUGGACAUGGUAUUCUACAGCGACGAAAAGGAACGUGUUAUCCCUCUAUUGGUAAACAUCAUGCACUAUGUAGUUCCAUAUCUUCGGAACCACAGUGCUCACAAUGCUCCCAGCUACCGUGCAUGCGUGCAGCUUCUGAGCAGCCUCAGCGGCUACCAGUAUACAAGACGCACUUGGAAAAAGGAAGCAUUUGACCUCUUUAUGGAUCCCAACUUCUUUCAGAUGGAUGGCUCCUGUGUCAGUCACUGGAGAGCUAUUAUGGAUCAUCUCAUGACGCAUGACAAAACUACUUUCCGUGAUUUAAUGACUCGGGUUGCAGUGGCACAGAGCAGUUCACUGGGUUUAUUUACUAAUCGUGAAGCCGAGCUGGAGCAGCGAGCCAUGCUUCUCAAGAGACUGGCAUUUGCCAUCUUCAGCAGCGAGAUUGACCAGUAUCAGAAGUUUCUCCCAGAUAUACAAGAGAGGUUGGUGGAGAGCCUGCGAUUACCACAGGUGCCUACGUUACAUUCCCAAGUGUUCCUGUUUUUUCGGGUGUUGCUUCUACGGAUGUCUCCUCAGCACUUGACCUCUCUGUGGCCCACCAUGAUCACUGAACUGGUUCAGGUGUUUUUGUUAAUGGAGCAGGAGCUUACGGCUGAUGAAGAUAUUACCAGGACAUCUGGACCAUCGGUUGCCGGUUUGGAGACUACAUAUAGUGGAGGCAACGGUUUCUCCACGUCAUAUAACAGCCAGCGGUGGUUGAAUCUCUACCUGUCUGCUUGUAAAUUUCUAGACUUGGCUCUAGCUUUGCCCUCUGAGAACCUUCCUCAGUUUCAGAUGUACCGCUGGGCAUUUAUCCCAGAAGCAUCUGACGAUUCAGGAUUAGAGGUUCGAAGGCAAGGCACGCAUCAGAGGGAAUUUAAACCAUAUGUGGUGCGACUAGCAAAACUGCUGCGGAAGAGAGCCAAGAAAAACCCAGAAGAAGACAACUCAGGAAGAACCCUGGAUUGGGAACCGGGACAUCUGCUGCUUACAAUUUCCACGAUUCGCAGCAUGGAACAGCUUUUGCCUUUUUUUAAUGUUCUUAGCCAGGUCUUCAAUAGCAAAGUUACCAGCAGAUGCAUUGGGGACUCGGGAAGUCCCAUACUAUAUCCAAAUUCUUUCCCCAACAAAGACAUUAAACUAGAGAACCAGAAAAUGUUUUCCAGCAAAGCACGGCAAAAGAUUGAAGAAAUGCUUGAGAGAGAUUUCUUAGAAGGUGUUCUCAAGAGCUGAUUGACUGAUACAUAAAAGGAUUAUACCACUAUUCACUCCUAGUUUUACUGACAUACAUUCCUGAGUUGUAAAUUAUUUUGGGGUUUUUUGUAUGUAUUGUAACAAACAUAAGCUUCUUACUUAAGGACUGAAAAUUUAAUUUAAAUAUUUUUAUCUGUAAAUAAAGGACUAAUCUGGAUGUAUUAUAAAACAUGCUAAA